AUUUGGAUCUCUGACAUGGAGGAUAUGCUGUCAUUCAGGGAUGUGGUCAUUUAUUUCUCUGCAGAGGAGUGCAAAUACCUGGGCCCUGCUCAGUGGAAACUGUACAGGGAUGUGAUGUUGGAGAAUUACAACAACCUUGUGUUCUUGGGCCUUGCUUCCUCUAAGCCACAUCUGGUCACAUUUCUGGAGCAAAGACAAGAGCCUUCAGAUGUGAAGAGUCAAGCGGCCAUCACUAAGUGCUCAGGAGGAAAAUGCUAUACUUGCAAAGAAUGUGGCAAUGUCUUGGAGGGGAAAGAAGCAUUUCAAAAUCAUCAGAUAAUUCAUUUUGGAGUGAAGCCCUGUGAGUGUGAAGAGUGUGGCAAGUCCUUCCACUUUCCAUCAUUACUUUCUGAACACAAAAGAAUUCAUACAGGAGAAAACCCCUACAAGUGUGAAGUAUGUGCCAAAGCCUUCGAAUAUCCAUCAAAACUUUCCGACCAUAAAAGAAUUCAUACAGGAGACACACCAUACAAGUGUGAAGUAUGUGGCAAGGCCUUCCAUUUUCCAUCCUUACUUUCUAAACACAAGGUAAUUCAUACAGAACACAAUCUCUAUGAGUGUAAAGUAUGUGGCAAAGCCUUCAAAUAUCCAUCAAGACUUUCUUACCAUAUGAAUAUUCAUACAGGAGAGAAACCAUACAAGUGUAAGGAAUGUGGGAAGGCCUUCCACUCUCCACCAUCACUUUGUCAACAUAUGAGAAUCCAUACAGGAGUGUUACCCUACAAGUGUGAUGUAUGUGGCAAGGCUUUCCACUUUUCAUUUUUACUUUCAAAACACAAGAUAACUCAUACAGACCAAAAACCCCACAAGUGUGAAGUAUGUGGCAAGGCCUUCGAAUAUCCAUCAAGACUUUCCGACCAUAAGAGAAUUCAUACAGGAGACACACCGUACAAGUGUGAAGUGUGUGGCAAGGCCUUCAAUUAUCCAUCCUUACUUUCUAAACACAAGAUAAUUCAUAGAGAAGAUAAUCCCUAUGAGUGUGAAGUGUGUGGCAAACCCUUCAAAUAUCUAUCAAGACUUUCAAACCAUAUGAAUAUUCAUACAGAAGAGAAACCAUACAAGUGUAAGGAAUGUUGUGAUGUAUGUGGGAAGGCCUUCUGUUUCCCAUCAUUACUAUCAAAACACAAGAUAACUCAUACAGACCAAAAACCCUACAAGUGUGAAGACUGUGGCAAAGCCUUUGAAUAUCCAUCAAGACUUUCGGACCAUAAGAGAAUUCAUACAGGAGACACACCAUACAAGUGUGAAGUAUGUGGCAAGGCUUUCAAUUAUCCAUCCAUACUUUCUAAACACAUGAGAAUUCAUAGACAAGAGAAUCACUAUGAGUGUGAAGUAUGUGGCAAAGCCUUCAAAUAUCCAUCAAGGCUUUCUUACCAUAAGACUAUUCAUACAAAAGAGAAACCAUACAAGUGUAAGGAAUGUGCGAAGGCCUUCCGCUCUCCAACAUUACUUUGUCAACACAAGAUAAUGCAUACAGGAGUGAAACCCUACAAGUGUGAAAUAUGUGACAAGACCUUUGAAAAUCCAUCUAGACUUUCAAAACAUAAGAAUAUCCAUACAGGAGAGACACCAUGGAAGUGUGAAGUAUGUGGAAAGGUCUUCUGUUAUCUAUCAAUACUUUCCAACCAUAAGAAAAUUCAUACAAGAGAGAAACCAUACAAGUGUGAAGUGUGUGGCAAGGCCUUCCAUUAUCCACCAUUACUUUCUAAACACAAGACAAUUCAUACAGUAGAGAACCCCUACAAGUGUGAAGUAUAUGACAAAAUCUUCAAUUAUCCACCAAGUCUUUACAAACAUAACAGAAUUCAUACAGGAGAGAAACACGACAAAUAUGAAGUAUGUGGCCUGGCAUUCCAUUGUCCAUAAUUACAUUCUGAAAAGAAGAGAAUCAAUACAGGUGGA